AUGAGUUUAUCUAGGAAUGGAUCCAAGUUUUCAAGACAUGAUCGCAUCGCAAAUUCUUAGAUAAUAGAUUUGAAGAAGAGCAAAAUGUAUCCAUCUUCAUCCAAGAAUUCUGAUCAACCCGGGGGGUUUUUUCUGAGUUUAGCAAAUAUGAAAGCUCCUGAUUAUGGGUAAGCAUAACUCUUAAAUAAUGAUGCCUUGAAGAGCAAAAUAAAAGAGAAAAGAAAUUAAAAAUCAAUAGAUAAUGACACAAUGUUGAAUAAAUUUGUUACUAGAGUUGAGACCAAAUUGAUUUAAUCGCCAUUGAAGAAGAAAGUAAUGGCCAUUGAUCCAAAAAUUGACAUGCCCGCUCAAAUCAAACCAUACUCACUCACUCCUUAAUCUCGAUUGCAAUCAUUUCGUAUCGCAAGUCCUUCAUCAAAGCCUAGAUCACAGAGCCAAAAUAAAAGAAACGAAAUCUAUUACCUAAGCAAACUCUAAAGGGCUUUCGAUACCAAUGGUUCAGACUACUUCUCUCGCAUGUAUCGUGAACACUUCCAUCAAACUUAUUAGGGAUUAAAUUGUAGAUUUUUUCCUCAAAAUAACAAUGAUUAUAAUCGAUCUCACAAAUUACCAAAGAAACAUUAAAGAUAACUCACUUUGUUCUUUGAUUUAGAUGAAACAUUGGUGCAUUGCAAUGAAACACCCUCGAUUCCCUGCGACGUUGUUUUGGAAAUCAAUGUCUCUAAACAUCAAAUUGUGAAGGCAGGAAUUAACGUAAGACCAUAUGCCAAAGAAAUGUUAAAAAAUCUCUCAAACCAUUUUGAAAUAAUCGUCUUUACAGCUUCCCAUAGUUGCUAUGCAGAAAAGGUUUGCAAUCAUUUAGACCCCGAUUCCACCAUUAUAAGUCAUCGAUUAUUUCGAGAAAGUUGCACUUAAACUAAUACUUCCUUAUACACUAAAGACUUGAGAGUAUUUUGUGACAAUACAAACAGAUCGUUAAGUUAGGUCGCUUUGAUUGACAAUGCCUCAUAUUCUUAUGCUUGGCAAUUGGAGAAUGGGAUACCAAUACUUCCUUUCUACGAUAAUAAAGACGAUAGAGAAUUGAUAGAGUUGGAGAAAUACUUGAAAAACAUGAUUGGCGUAUCUGAUAUAAGAGAAUAUAAUAGAAACAAUUUAAAACUGCAUUUGUUUGUAGAUCAACGUGGACCUUAUAAAGUAUUGGAGAAUCUAUUUGGUAAACCACAAUAACUUUUAUGA